AUGUCCUCUGCUCAUGAUGCCACCACCAAGAUCUCCAUUAACAAGUUCGACGGCGACAACUACGCGACGUGGAGCCGCUACAUGCGUGGCGUGUUCCUGACCAAGUCGGCGUGGCACGUGGUGAACCGGGAGAACACCCCCACCUUCGCCGAUCCUCGCGCCAGUGACGACUACGUCAAGACUAACAACAUUGCGUUCGGCUUGAUGCUGCUGCACAUGAGCGCGUAG